CAGUCGAAGGACGGCAAGCAACCGGGUAACAAGAUGAUUCUAGAGGACACGAUCAAGUUCCGCAAGUGUGCCAAAACGCCCGAAGAUGUGGCCCAAUGGCGUUUGACCUACAAUUUUAUAGUGGAAACGAAAUAUUUUCUCGAGCGGUACGAUAGCAUCGUAGAAACAUGGGAUCUGUGCGACAAACAGUUCAUGAUGAAUAUGUGGAACAUCGAGGAGCUUUUGACUAGCUUACUGUACAAGUAUACCACCGUUUCAACGGAUUACAUCAAACACCCCCGUUUACCAAAGGUGGAAAUAAAGUGCUGUGAUCAUCUGUUCGAAAGCUCAAAGGAUCUCCACAAGCAUUACUACACCGUACACCAUACACCGGGACGCGUGAACGAUGUUCGGUUUUGUGAAAUGAAGGCGGGAUUGCUAAAACUAGAACUGUAUAAGAAUAGUUUGAAGUAUUACCUGGAGUUUGGAAAGUGGUGCGAUCAUGUGCUAUGUUUGUAUCUGAAGAAAAUCUACAGGAAAGUGAAUGUUACACUUGAUCCGUUUAGAGAUGCACCUCCUCCACCACCACCGGGGCAACAUAAGGAACAGGAACAGGAAUUGGAACUGGAACUGGAAUUGGAAGUGGAAUCUGAGGAAGAUGUAGCAUAA